AACUUGACUGGUCCUUGUCUCUGUCCUCGGUGCUGAAACCCACCCUCACUUUACCAACAGAGGGCGCUGUGUGCGUAAAGUAGCCAAAAUUAACUCAUCAUCCAGUCCUGAUGUGCAAAUAUAUAUAUUUCCGUGGGUCUACAUUUUUAUUUUGUGUGUGCAGUGGUGGUAUAAUAGAGAAAGUGAGUUUUUUUUUAAGAAAGUCUGCAUCAUUAAAUCCCCCCACAUGCUCUUCAAGAACCAUCCUAAUUGGAUGGCAGCCAGUUUUGACAAGUGUAGUCCAGAUUAAAUGUCUUCAAGCGGAGGUGGCCAUUAAGUAGGCACAACCCACUGAUAUUAUGGUGACAGGAAGUGGCAGACACGUUUGAGUGUGUUCUAAUUGCUUUAAGGUGGGAGGGGGGAUCUUUAAGACUGCAAAUUCCACGCCACCAAAAAGGAAGGAGAGGGGAUCAUCUAUGUAUCCCGCUAAUGAUUCACCACAUUGAGUAAAAAAAUACUUUUAAUCUGGACACUGGCGCGUUUCCUUGGGCGUCAAAAGUUCUGCAGAGCUCAAACGGCUGCAGUUGUGCGGCAACAAAUUACCCAAUUAUUAAAAGACCGCGUGAUUAUCUUACGGUGCUCAUUUUACGCACAGAGUUUGGAGGAGGAUAUAUGUUAAAAAACAUGAAUCCCCUCAAUAAAAUGGCUUAGUAUGGGAUUUCAAAUGGAAAAGACCCCCUCCUCCGACCACUCUGGUCAGCUGAUGCUCUCUGACGUGCCUGUAUGAAAGUUGAGGUGCUCAUUAAAAGGGACGUUUGGUGUUCUCUGACGCGCGCUCCUGUCCUCUGACGGCAUCUCCCCCCUCUUAUAAGAAUCCGAAAGUCACCAGAGAGACCCCCCCGCCAGCACCGAUCCAGACACUUUUAUUCAACCAGACUUCGCAACACGAGAGGGGGGCGAGGAUUUUUUUUAUUUUAUUUUUAAAUAAACCUGACAUCGUGAUGGUCGCUCUUUUCUUCGGGUGUUUCAGCACAUGACUCUGGAAUUUUUGAGGUCUUCAUGCCUUCCAGUUCCUAGCAGGACAACACCGCAACAAUGACCAUCCAUGUGGAGGGGCUUGUGGCUAUUGCAGUCUUUUACCUGCUGAUCCUGUUCGUCGGCAUCUGGGCAGCAUGGAAAAACAAGCACUCUGGAGAGGCGGAGGGCACCGACCGCAGUGAAACCAUCAUGGUCGGUGGGAGAGACAUCGGCUUGUUUGUCGGUGGAUUCACCAUGACAGCAACCUGGGUUGGAGGAGGUUACAUCAAUGGCACAGCUGAGUAUGUGUAUCUUCCACAAUAUGGUUUGGCUUGGGCUCAAGCCCCCUUUGGAUAUGCACUCAGUCUGGUUGUGGGUGGCCUGUUCUUCGCAAAGCCCAUGCGCUCCCGUGGUUACGUCACCAUGCUGGACCCAUUUCAACAGCUGUAUGGAAAACGCAUGGGCGGCCUUCUCUUCAUACCAGCACUUAUGGGAGAGAUUUUCUGGUCUGCUGCCAUCUUGAAUGCCCUUGGUGCUACUCUGAGCGUCAUCGUGGACAUCAAUAUUAAGAUGUCAGUCAUUAUAUCUGCACUCAUUGCAAUCUUUUACACCCUGGUUGGAGGGCUGUACUCGGUGGCUUACACUGAUGUAGUCCAGCUGUUUUGCAUAUUUGUUGGUCUGUGGAUCAGCGUCCCUUUCGCUUUGACCAACCCGGCGGUGUCAGACAUCGCUGUCAGUGCAGUGAAGAAGGUUCAUCAGGCUCCAUGGAAAGGCAGCAUCAACAGAGAUGACAAAUGGGUUUGGAUCGACAACUUCUGCCUCCUGAUGCUGGGAGGAAUCCCCUGGCAGGUGUACUUCCAGAGAGUUCUCUCAGCCUCGUCUGCCACCUACGCCCAGGUCCUGUCCUUCCUGGCUGCCUUUGGGUGCCUUAUCAUGGCCGUGCCCUCCGUUCUCAUCGGAGCCAUCGGAGCUUCCACAGAUUGGAACCAGACAAGUUAUGGUGGCGUUGCUCCCAAAGAUAAGGAUCAGGCUGACAUGAUUCUCCCCAUUGUGCUCCAACACCUUUGCCCGCCGUUUGUCUCCUUCUUUGGUCUGGGGGCAGUUUCUGCAGCUGUCAUGUCGUCUGCAGACUCCUCCAUCCUUUCGGCAAGCUCCAUGUUUGCCAGAAACAUCUACCAGUUAGCUUUCAGACAGUCGGCCUCUGAUCGAGAAAUUGUUUGGGUGAUGCGAAUCACCAUCUUUGUGUUUGGCGGUCUUGCCACCAUGAUGGCGCUGGUUACCGGCACGGUUUACGGCCUCUGGUACUUGAGCUCAGACCUGGUUUACGUCAUCAUCUUCCCCCAGCUGCUCAGCGUGCUGUUCGUCAAAGGCACCAACACGUACGGCUCGGUGGCUGCGUACGUGUUCGGCUUGGUGCUGCGCAUAGGUGGAGGUGAACCCUACCUGAGGCUGCCUCCCUUCAUUUACUACCCCGGCUGGAUUAUUGAGCAGCAGAUCCACCCGGAAGAGGGAAAUAUCGAGGACAUCGUCAAGCAAAGGUUCCCCUUCAAGACUGUCUCCAUGUUGGCCUCCUUUGUGGCCAACUUCAUUUUUUCGCACCUGGCAAAGUACCUGUUUGAAAGCGGUAAGAUCUCUCACAAAUACGACUUUCUCGACGCCGUGGUGUCCAGGCACAGUGGAGAAAUAAUGGAUAAGACCACGCUGGUAACCCGUAGUAACAACAUUGGGUUGUCGGAAAUGGCGCCCGUCAGACCACGGCUGAGUGUGACCUUGGCGGCCGCCUUCACCCGCCGCGACACGCUGCCAAGAGAAACCGUCGAGGAGGAAGACGAGGAGUCCAGCCCCGACUCAUCCCACCAUAAUGAGGAAUGAUUUCAAAAAAGGAGAAGUCUUACUGAACUGUCCACCAUCAAGCCACAAGGCACGGAAUUCUUGGAACGAUAAAGAACUUCCACAUCCUGACCGACUGGAUAACACAUCAGGAGAUUUAGUGUAGCAGCUUGCUGAUUGUCCAGACGCUCUUUCUGUGAAGUAAAGCAAAACACACUCACACAUACGCUCCUAAUAUUUGUAGUUAGUUGUUUGUAACGUCUGUUCACCUUUUUUUAACCACUAAAAAAAUAGGUCAACACAAAGUUAAAAAAAGGUUAAAAAAAAAACGUAAAUAUUUGGCUUAUCAUAAGACCAAAAAGACAUAUUCAUGCUUUUAGUCUCGUGCAACAAUUACUGUGGUUUUAUUAUUUUUAAAACAGAAGAAAAUAAAAUAAAGACAAGUAAGCAGUGACAUUAAUUUUGUUUAAAUGAAUAGAGAGAAAUUCCUCCUUUUGCAUAACCAAUUAUAGUAUUCUGUGAAUCAAGCAAAAAAAAUCAUGCUGAGUAGCAAGCGUAUAAGCAGUAGUGAUGGUAGCUGUCAUCUAAGGCACUUCUCUUUGACCGUCAGAGGUAGACACAGUUUUAAAGCAUCAGUGUAGCUACGUCUUCAUCAAAUAUCUUCCAUUGAACUGCCUUAACGAUGAAAGAAAUAUUGAAGCGUUCUGACCAGAAUCUAGAGUCGGACUGCAAUCCAAAAGGACUUGAAUGUAACCUCUAAUGAUGAUGAUUCACUUUGUCUCGCCGAUGCAGAGCCAGGUGCCUCUGGCUCGCAUUCUGGUUGAGUUUCAGGAGGGGAUUCCUUUCUCUGUGAUGUGUUUAAUUGUAUAUAUGUGAAGAAACAAAAAAAAAAAGAUAAGGAAGUGAGGGGAAAAUCAUAUAGGUAACUAUUUAAAUGUUUAUUUAUUUUUGAUGUAAAAGGAGCAAAGAAAAAUAAAACGAAAAACUGAUGCACAUUUGUUAAG